UCACUUCAUCACCUUCCAACCACAGCACAUCUCUACGCCUCAAUCUUUGCAUCUACCUAUCUACCAACCUCUUCAUUCAUCAAUCCAAAAUGCACUUCUCCACUCCCAUCUCCCUCUCCAUUCUCCUCCCCCUUCUCGCAACCACCGCAUCAGCCGCAAGCUGCACCAUUGACGGCAGCGCCGCAGCGUACCACUGGGAAGUCCGAGCCAGCGGCGUCUACGGUAUCUCCGGCUGGUGCGGCGGACUCUGGGAUAACCUGAACAGAUGGGGUGGGCUGUGCAAUCCUUCUUAUCCGUAUUGUAAUGGGCAGGAUGGGGAGAUGGUGUGGAGGUUUACGACGAGUGUGGGGUGUAUGAGGGGGCAUGUUGAGUCGGUUUGGUGGGAGGCGACGAAGAAUGAGUUUGGGGCUAUUACUUGUGUGGAUGCGCCCGAGAAGAAGAACAAGAGGGAGGAGUUUAAGGCUUAAGAUGGAAGUGAUAUAUGGGUAUGGUGCUAAAGGGUUGGGUUGGAGUGUGGGUGAAGGAGUUUUGGGUGUGGCGUGGUAGGGGGAUAGCAAGUAUACAGUACGACGUGUGAGGAUUGACAGGAUCGUUUCUAGCAG